AUGGAACAAAAGAAUCAGACAUUUAUUACUGAAAUUGUUCUGUUAGGAUUUUCUAACAACCCUAAAACAAACAUUACCCUUUUUUUGGUGUUUAUUGUGAUAUAUUUAGUAACAUGUUUUGGUAAUCUCUUUAUGAUUACUAUAAUCAUAUUCAAUAAUAAUUUGCAUACCCCUAUGUAUUAUUUCCUUUUCAAUUUAUCGUUUCUGGACUUGUGUUAUUCAUCAACUGUUUUACCCAAGUUGCUAGUGGAUCUAUUUUACAUACAGAGAACUGUAUCAAUCAUUGCCUGUGCUUUACAAUUAUAUUUCAGUCUAUAUCUUGGAGGAACUGAGUGCUUGAUUCUAGCGCUAAUGGCUUAUGAUCGCUAUGUAGCCAUUUGUCGUCCACUAUAUUACACAGUUCUUAUGAGCUGGAAGACCUGCAAACUAAUGACAGUUUUUUUAUGGAUAGGAGGUUUUUUCAUCUUGGUUCUUCCAUCGCUUUUAAUGCCUGCUCCAUUAUGUAAUCCUAAUGUGAUCGAUCAUUUUAUGUGUGAGAUUAAAGCAAUACUAAAACUAGCAUGUGUAAAUACAUUUAAAAACGAGCUUACAAUAAUGUGCAUCAGCUUAAUUUCACUUCUUCUUCCUUUCAUAUUAAUUUUAGCGUCUUAUAUUUGCAUUAUCUCGUCAAUAUCAAAGAUUAAUUCAGUAGGAAGGUCUAAAAUGUUUUCUACUUGUAGUUCUCAUUUAAUGGUGGUAGUUUUAUUCUUUGGUACGGCGUUGAUUAUGUAUGCCGGCCCAUCAUCAAGAUACUCAACAAAUCAGCAGAAAUUUAUUUCGAUUGUUUACGUAAUAAUAACUCCUAUGUUGAACCCUCUCAUUUACAGUCUUAAAAACAGAGAAGUCAAACAAACAUUUAAAAAACAUUUUGGAAAAAAUAUUCUGUCUUGUACUGUAGUCAGAUAG